AUGAGAUCCAUCUACUUUAUUCAAAGACAAAUACUAACAGUUUAUAGCUACAAGAUAUAUGAGAGGUUUUCCGGUAGCAAAGGAUCAAAGUAUCCCUGUAAUACGCUGCCCCUCCCGAACGGCCCCGUCGGACGCCGCGCGGCGGACGUGGUCACCUUCGGCUCGCUGCCCAGGACGUCGGCCGAGUGCGCGAGAGCCUCCAGGAGCCUCGGCGGGAGUCUCAGAAGAGGCUGCAGCGCCAGUGCCACCACCGGAGGCUUGAGCUCAGGGAGCGGAGGCAUCUGCGGGGGCGUGGGAGGAGGAGUAGGAGCAGGGGGAGGAGGGGGAGGCUCUGGUGAAAGGAGCGGAAGAGGAGUGGGAGUGGGAGUGGGAGCUGGAGGAGGAGCGGGCGGCGGAGCGGCCAGCGGGGGCACCGUGAGGGAGCGGGCGGAGGGAGGCAGAAGAGGGAGCUUUCGAGACACUCCUUCGUCCACGCCCGCGACCGCCACGCCCACGAGCUACCGGCGAGCCACGGCCAACCACAGGGCAGCCGCGGUGGUGGGCGCGACGGGCCCGCCUCCCCGCUACGAGAUCUCCGAAUACACCUUCGAGAGGGAGCAGCCCGACUCGCCUUUCUCCGACGAGAAGGACAGCGAGGAGAAGAAGAAAGAAAACAGGGGCUAUAGUGCAUAG